AAAAAAUAAACAAUGCAAUUUGGCUCUUCCCAAGCUCGAAAGGGUCGGCUUUUAGCAGUCUCAUAAGGGCAGGCGACGUCUUCAGUUUCUCUAAGAGAACCCAACUGGUGAAGAUACAUUCAGCCUCAGCUAGAGAGGAGCUGUCUCCCUUACAAGGUUCCAAGUUAAAACAAAAGUGAAAACAGAACCACUGCUUCUCAAUAUAAACAAUUGACAAUCAGCGAACCUUCGGUUCAGUUCUUAGUCUCUCUAAUCAACAGAUCAGCAACCAAAAACCAUGAAUCUCAUGAACAUCAAGACUCACGUCUCUAAUGGAACUGAAGUUCAUGCCUUUGCUCGUGGGACUAUUUCAAUGCCCAAAUCUGGGUCAGGACUCGGGCAUCAGGGUCAGUCCAACGAGCUGUCAUGGGUCAAAAGAGAUGGAUCGUUGGGCAGGCUCAGAUGUAGAAAUUUGCAGCCUCUUAGAGGUGUGGAGAGGAUUAAAAAGUUGGAAGUUAGAGCCUUCACAGAAGAACAGGAAGCUCUUGUCCUCAAGUCAUGGAAUUCAAUGAAAAAGAAUGCUGCUGAGCUGGGUCUCAAAUUCUUCCUCAGAGUCUUUGAGAUUGCACCAUCAGCCAAGAAGCUAUUUAACUUCCUGAGAGAUUCAGAUGUUCCUGUGGAGCAAAACCCAAAGCUCAAGGCCCAUGCCAUGACUGUAUUUGUCAUGACUUGUGAAUCGGCAGUACAACUUCGUAAAGCCGGAAAAGCUACUGUGAGAGAGUCCACUUUAAAAGAUUUAGGUGCUACUCAUUUCCAAUAUAACGUGGCGGACGAACAUUUCGAGGUUGUGAAGUUCGCAUUGUUGGAAACCAUCAAAGAGGCGAUGCCGGAGAUGUGGUCGCCCGAGAUGAAGAGUGCAUGGGGAGAAGCUUACGAUCAGUUGGCAGCCGCGAUCAAGAGCUAAAUGAAACCUCAGAUUUCCACCUGAUAUUUCUCCACCACACACACACUAUGAGAGAGAGAGAGUUCUACUAAAACUUGUGGAGAUGUGAAAGUAAUGUAUGCAGUUGUCCUCAAUGAUCCUGCAUAAUGCUGUAUGUCUUUCUUCUGAUUAUACAGUUUCGUCAAUGACGAGAAUUUGUGUCGCA